GGGAUUGAAUCGCGGGCUCGAGAGGUGGACGAGGAAGGACUGAUCAGAAAAUAAAUUUUACGGUCUGAACGUUUCCAGACGAAACCACAGACUCGAUAGCUAGGGGAAGGGCUGAAUGGCGAAGAAACUCCAUACUUGAAAUGUCUUAAACAAAAUCGAUGGAGAUAGCGGUGGAGAGGCGACGUCGAACAGUUGGAAGGGGAAUUGGAAAUAGCAGAUGGAGAAGCUAAAUCGUACUGCAGAAGUGGAAAGGUGGGGAAAAGCUUGAUCGAGCUUGGAUGUGACUGGAAGACCGAGAUGCAGGCGGCGGGAACCGGUGUUGUCAACACAUUGUCUGAUUGGAGAAGGAUUUCUUGGAUUCAGGUUUCGUGGUGGUGGAUCACGUUCGAUUUGGCCGAAUUUGAUAUGGGUGGGUGCUUUCCUUGUGUCGGACCAUCGAACAAGAACGGCAGCAGAAACAUCCACGACGAAGCUGGAAGUGGAUGCAAAGAAGCUGCGAAGAAAGAUUUAGCUUCAGUUUCGGACCAUCAAUUAAUAACCUCACUAGGAAUUAAAUGCCUCGGGUGUAACUUCUCUAUAUCAUACUUCAGUGAAGUUCGAUUAACAAAUGGCAACAAGCUCUGAGUUGUUUCUUGUGGAUCCUUUUUUGUUUGCAGGUUGAGAAUCUAGAGGGGAAAAGGUGGGGUUGUUCCUAGGCAUUGAGCAAAGGAGCGAGAUGCUCUUUACUGGAAGAAGGAGCUUAAAUAGUCUGAGGGGGACCUCUAUAGGCUUAAGUAGCAG